UUGUUGUUUUGAAUGCUUUUAUGCAAUGGUUGUUGUUGUUUCGGCAAGAUCUUCUCUCAGGAAGUCGUUUUUCGAAUUUCUUGUAUGUAGAUAUUCAUUUUUUUCCGAUUCUGAGGCUUGUAAUCCCGGCAAUACGUAUCUAUCUCUGUAUAUUCCGUUUUUGAACCUUCAAUUCGAGCUGAUGGAAGAUUUGUUUAAAUCAGAGUUCAUUGUCUGUUAUCGCGGUCUCUCAAUUUUUGUCUCCUUUGGUAUUUGAUAAAAUGUCUAAAUUAGUCGGCGUUUCCCUAAUUAUUCGUCGUUUGAUGGAUAAUUGAGUUGCUAUUUAUCCUGUGUCUUUUUAUUAUUUUCGUCUAUUCUCAGAUUAGCGUUCUGUGAAUCUCGUUCUCGCACCGUAGUAUAGGACAAUUUUUACGCGCCACCAAUUCUUCUAAGUAGUCUUUUGUGGCGUCUCAAUUUCAAUUAUUAAUAAGCUUUAGGUUGACUCAUAGGCUCUCUAAUUUGCUUGUGAAUAAAAGUAAAGGAGGAUUAUGUUAGCUAAAGCAAUAAUGAUGACAUAACUUUUUAGUAUAGGAUUUAACGGUGAGCUUGAACAAUGGAUAUUACGGAGGUUGAGGAAAGUCUAUUUGCAGCACGUGAUGCCAAGCUACAUGGAGGAAUGUGCAAGGCUCUUUCUUCAAUAUAUUGUAAAGCAUCAUCAAUUUUCCCUUCAUUGGAAGAAGCACGACCUCGGAGCAAAUCUGGUAUCCAGGCAUUAUGCUCGUUGCAUGUGGCACUGGAAAAAGCCAAAAAUACUCUCCUACAUUGUACAGAGAGCAGCAAACUUUAUUUGGCUAUAACUGGGGACUCUGUCCUGUUGAAGUUUAAGAAGGUAAAAUGUGCUCUACAGGAUAGCCUUCAACGCGUUGAAGAUAUUGUUCCACAGUCAAUUGGCCAUCAGGUUCAGGAGAUUAUGAAGGAACUGGAUAGUACUCAAUUUUUCCUAGACCCUUUGGAGAAGCAAGUUGGUGAGGACAUUAUUGUAUUGCUCCAACGAGGACGAACAUUUAGCAACACUGUUGACAACAAUGAGCUUGAGACUUUUCACCAAGCUGCUAUAAGACUUGGAAUAAACUCCUCUAGAGCAGCUCUUGCAGAGAGAAGAGCACUAAAGAAACUAAUAGAUCGAUCUCGCACUGAAGAGGACAAGAGGAAGGAAUCAAUUGUAGCAUAUCUUUUGCAUCUCAUGAGGAAGUACUCCAAGUUAUUUAGAAGCGAGGUAUCUGAUGACAAUGAUUCACAGGGUUCUGGACCUUGUUCACCCACUGUUCAGAGCUCUCUCGAGGACAGUGGACCUGGUGGAAAUGGACAAGCCUUUGAAAGGCAGCUAACAAAGCUUGGUACUUUUAACAUGAAGCCAACAAAUCUCAGAUUGGAGCAGAUUCCCCUUCCACCUGAUGAGUUGAGGUGUCCUAUAUCAUUGCAGCUUAUGUAUGAUCCGGUCAUAAUUGCUUCCGGGCAAACAUACGAAAGGAUUUGCAUAGAGAAGUGGUUAAGUGAUGGGCAUAACACCUGCCCAAAAACUCAACAGAAACUUUCUCAUUUUUCAUUGACGCCAAAUUACUGUGUUAAGGGCCUGAUUGCAAACUGGUGUGAACAGAAUGGAGUUCCUGCUCCUGAUGGGCCUCCAGAUAGUCUUGACCUCAAUUACUGGAGGCUAUCCGAAUCAGUGUCUCUAAAUUCGUCGCCUGUGGACACAGUUGGUUCUUGUAAGUUGAAAGAUGCUAAAUUUGAUCUGGUUGAAGAAAAGGGUACAACCGAGGAGAUCAAAGAAAAUGUAGUGGAUGACAACUCUGCUGAAGACCAGGAGUCCGUCACAAAUAUGCUUAUUAGAUACGAACAGUAUUUGAAAGUUUUGAAUGAAGAAGCUGACUUGAGGAAAAAGUUGGAAGUUGUGGAGCAAAUAAGACUGUUGCUCAAGGAUGAUGACGAGGCGAGGAUUCUUAUGGGAGCUAAUGGAUUUGUCCAGGGACUUCUACGCUACUUGGAGAGAGCUGUGCAAGAACAAGAUGUUAAGGCUCAGGAAAGUGCAGCAAUGGCUCUUUUCAACCUUGCAGUCAACAACGACAGGAACAAGGAAAUAAUGCUGGCAGAAGGUGUGAUUUCAUUGUUGGAGGAAAUGAUUAUGAACCCAGAUUGCCACGGAUCUGCAACGGCCCUUUAUCUCAAUGUCUCCUGUCUGGAAGAAGCCAAAUCUAUUAUCGGCUCAAGUUGUGCAGUCCCGUUCUUGACUCAACUCCUCCACACUGAUACUGAAACACUAUGCAAACUUGAUGCACUUCACACACUUUACAAUCUCUCAACCGUGCCCUCCAAUAUUCCCAACCUGGUUUCUUCUGGAAUCAUCAGGGGACUUCAAUCCCUUCUUGCUGCCCCUCUUGGUCGAACAUGGACCGAAAAGUGCAUAGCUAUCUCCAUAAAUUUGGCUUCAGAUGAAUCAGGUAUAGAUCAAAUGGCAUCUACUCCAGAACUCAUCAGUGGGUUGGCAGCAAUAUUAGACAAUGGCGAAUCCAUUGAGCAGGAACAAGCAGUUGCUUGUCUCUUGAUUCUUUGCAACGGGAGUGAGAGGUGCAGUGAGAUGGUGCUACAGGAAGGCGUAAUUCCCGGGCUGGUGUCGAUAUCUGUGAAUGGGACAGCAAGAGGCAAAGAGAAGGCUCAAAAGCUUCUGAUGUUGUUCAGAGUGCAACGACAACAGGAGCCACCAGCACCAACACCAACACCGUCACCAACACCAACACCAACACCAACACCGUCACCGACACCGACACCAACACGAACACCGGCACCAACACGGAAACCAUCACUGAAACUGACGAAACGAUCGGAGAGUAGCGGGACAUCCAUGCCUGUGGCGGAAUCAAAGCCACUGUGCAAGACAAUUACAAGAAAAAAAUCAAUAAGAGCUUUCAGCUUUUUAUGGAAAACCAAAGGCUGUUCAGUGUACCAAUGAUAAGAAACUCAUUGGUGUUGUAAAUUUAAGUUGAUUUUUUCUUUUCUUUUGGGUUUUCAUUUAAUCUGAAAGAUGAGAUGUACAUGCAACCUGUAAUUAAUUCAUGGAGUUUUGGCUUCUAAUUCCCCAA